CGCAAAAACGUAGGAACUAUACAGCCUCUUUCUACGGCACAGUCGCAAAAACGCUGUAACUCCAGCCACUUUCUACGUUAAAGGGCGGGACUGCGUUUUACAAACCGGACCGUGACUCUUUGCGUUUUCUCUUUCCAGCCGGCGCCGAGCUAUGGGCAUCUCUCGGGACAACUGGCACAAGCGCCGCAAGACCGGGGGCAAGAGAAAGCCCUAUCACAAGAAGCGAAAAUAUGAGCUGGGACGCCCCGCUGCCAACACUAAGAUUGGCCCCCGCCGCAUACACACAGUCCGGGUCCGGGGAGGCAACAAGAAGUACCGAGCCUUGAGGCUGGACGUGGGGAACUUCUCCUGGGGCUCCGAGUGUUGUACGCGCAAAACAAGGAUUAUUGAUGUUGUCUACAAUGCAUCCAACAAUGAACUGGUCCGCACUAAGACCCUAGUAAAGAACUGCAUCGUGCUCAUUGACAGCACACCGUACCGACAGUGGUACGAAUCCCACUAUGCACUGCCCCUGGGCCGCAAGAAGGGGGCCAAGCUGACUCCUGAGGAGGAAGAGAUUUUAAACAAAAAACGGUCAAAGAAAAUUCAGAAGAAAUACGAUGAAAGGAAAAAGAAUGCCAAAAUCAGCGGUCUUCUAGAGGAGCAGUUCCAGCAGGGCAAGCUUCUUGCAUGCAUCGCUUCAAGACCAGGCCAGUGUGGCCGAGCAGAUGGCUAUGUGCUAGAGGGCAAGGAGCUGGAGUUCUAUCUGAGGAAAAUCAAGGCCCGGAAAGGCAAAUAAAUCCUCCUUUUGUCUUAGCUCCUAUAAUAAAGGUGUUUAUUGUGUUCUU